UCUGUUGCUCAUUUGACUCUCUUGUCAUUCGCUCUCUCUUUUCUCUCCCCCUCUCACUCUUUCCCUCAGUUUCCAGCCUUCCCAUCUGUUACUGAUUUAGGCACAGGGCUCAGGGGAGAGGCAAGUCCGCUAGGGGAGAGGAAUCAGGGCAGGGAGGGAGGGGAGAGAAAGGGAGGAAGUCCACACAAGUUUGUUUUACAGGACUCGGGCUCGGGCUGGAGACUAGGAGCAGUGCUACAUCUGGAGGUCGGAGCAGCAGAAAAGUUAAGCCAACGGUUGCAGCCGAGCAAGAGGAGCUGCCCGGAGACUUUCCUACAGCCAGGAGACACUGACAGAGACAGAGACAGAGAGGAGGGAUCAGUGCUCCACUGGGCAAACACACAAAUAUGGCUGCUAAUUCUCUGUCCUGCUUCUGCCUUCUCUGCAUCCUCUCAGGGACUGCCUAUCCAGCUUCUGCAGCCAGGCUUGGGGAACAGCAACAGUCGGUGCUGAGGGUGUGUGCGAAGGGAUCGUUCCUUAGUGAGCAAAACCUUUGCCUGCCGUGUAACUGUAAAGGCCACGCUGACUACUGUGACGACAUCACCGGCAUUUGUAGAAACUGCAGGGAUCACAGCACAGGUGAUUUCUGUGAAAUGUGUGAGGACGGUUACGUGUUGGAACCCAGGCUGGACGGACGCCACACCUGCCUACCUUGUGCCUGUCCCCUCUCUGUCCCCUCCAACAACUUCGCUGUGCACUGUGACAGAGUGGGUGACAGAGGGGAUUCCAGUCUGCGCUGCAAGUGCCAAGAGGGCUACGCUGGACACUUCUGCGAGAGGUGUGCUCCAGGUUACUUUGGCAACCCCACGGUGAUUGGUAGUUCCUGUAAGAGGUGCGAGUGUAACGGCAACUCAGACCCCAACCUGAUCUUCGACGAGUGCCACAACGUGACAGGCCACUGCCAGCACUGCUGGGGCAACACGGCCGGUGCCAACUGCGAAAGGUGUGCCCCGGGUUUCUACGGCGACGCCAUCAGUGCCAAGAACUGCAGAGAGUGCUUGUGCAAUAAAUGUGGCACCUCUUCAUGCGACGACAGGACAGGAGUGUGCCACUGCAAACCAGGUGUCACUGGACGACUCUGUGACCAGUGUGAGGAGGGCUACUCAGGUUUCUCCAGCUGUCAGGGCUGUCGGAGGUGUGAAUGCGGGCCAGCUUCCCUCCGCUCCACCUGCCAUCCUCUCACCCACAGCUGUCCGUGCCGCCCGGGGGCCGGAGGUCGUUACUGCGAGCGCUGCCUCCCAGGUUACUGGGACUAUAGCCCCUCCGGCUGCCAGAAGUGCGACUGUGAGAGUGGCCACUGUGAUAUGCACACAGGAGAUUGCCUACCAGAGGCUGCAACAGUCAACCUGUGCAACAUCAGUUGUGAUGAGUGCAUUUGGCAUCUGAUCGGGGACUUGCGGCAGUCCAACAAAACACUGGACCAGCUGAAGGUUGGCGUGUUGAACAUUUCCACAGGGGCUGCUGCUAACGACAGGCUCAAAUACUACAACUACACAGCUCAUCGACUGCAGACUCAAUUUCAAGGCUGGAGAAACAAGUCAUCUGCAAUGAGGGCACAGGCCGGGGAGCUGGAGGAGGCCACAGCCACUGUGGUGGAGGACAUCAGACAGCUGGGAUUAUCGGAGAGUGUGAUGGAGGCUUUGGGGAACAGGCUGGAUAACGACACGCUGGAGACCUUUACCCUGGCUGAACAGCUCAGCACAAACCUCACUCAUCUCAACAUUCAAAUCGAAGAGAUGAUCCAUGACUGGGAGCUGUACAGUGUUCACCUGGAUGUGGACCCGGAGGUGGUCAAACGGAACACGGAGAUGGCCCAGGGAAUGGUGGCCAGGAUGAGGGAACUGGACCUGUCCCCGCAGGAGCCCAUCGCCACUGACGAGUCAACCGAGGCCCACGACUUGCUGAGGCGGAUCCGUCAGCUGGAGAAGAAGCUGGUGAACACAGACGGUCGCCUCCCACCGGUCAGGGAGGUUCUAUCCCGCUUCUCCACCAUGCUGUCAGCCGCUCAGGGCUUUCUCCAGAAAGCAGCCAGCACCGUCCAGGAGACCGAGAACAAGAACCGAGCCAGCCUCCUCAAAUUCCAGAGGAAUGAGGCGAAGCAGCAGAGGAUGGAAGAGGAGCAUGCUGCUAUCAAUGGCACACUGGAAGAAGGCAGAGGCCUCACCUCUGACAUAGAGAGGACUGUGGCUGAGGUGGAUGCUAUGGUGCAGAAUGUGACCGAGUACCACGCUGCGAUCGACGGCGCCAGCCAAAAGCUGAUAGAGAAGACGGAGCGUCUCUCGCUGGCUGACAGAGAUCUGGUUCAGAGGGCAGACACGCACGCUGAGGAGCUGGAGAGACAGGCCAACGCACUGGAGGAGGAUCUGAGAGCGAGCGAUGCCAAUGGCUUCGUGCAGAGAGCCAUAAGCGCCGCCAACGUCUACAGCAACAUAGUGAAAUACAUCGACGAUGCAAACAUCACCUCUCUCACCACCUUCAACUUAUCCCAAAGAGCUGAAGAUGCUGUCACUGGGAUCAACACACAGCUCGGGUACCUGGUAACACAGAGCGGCAACGUGUUCAAGGAAUCUGUUUCAUUACGUUCCGAACAAAUUGAGAUUGAAACUGAGGUGGCUGACGCGCUAAACUACAUCGCGGAGACCAAAGAGACCUUGGACAAAAACACCAAAAAGCUGGCAGAAAUAGUGCAGGACAUCAGUGGAAUUCAAGCAGACAGAACACCACAGCGUCUGGAGUUCACCCUGGGGGUGGCUGAGGGGACUCUCAAUCGCUCAGCAGAGGUCCUUCAAACCAUCACCCCCAUAAAACACAAGGUUGAAGAAUGGGACACCAACAUGAAAGAAGGCGAAUACUCCACAGAUGCAUAUGAACAGGCCAUUUCCUCCGCCGGCGAAGCUGUGGAGAACUUGAAUGUGCUCGUUCCCGAGCUGCUGGACAAGCUGAAGGUGGUCGAGGAGAAGAAGCCUGUCAACAACGUGACCACAAACAUCAUGAGGAUCAGAGAGCUCAUAGCCCAGGCCAGGAGCGUGGCCAAGAAAGUCCAAGUGUCCAUGAAGUUCAACGGCCAGUCCUCGGUGGAGGUUCAUCCUCACAGUAACCUGGAGGAACUGAAGACGGCGACAUCCAUCAGCUUGUUCGUGAGAGUGGACCCUGACAAGGAUCCCAUAGAGGACCGGUUCAUCCUGUACUUGGGAGACCGAAACGGUAAGAAAGACUACAUGGGUCUGGCGAUCAAGAAUGACAACCUGGUGUUUGUGUACAAGCUCGGGGGCGAAGAUGUUGAGAUCCCGCUGGGUUCGAAGCCUGUCAGCCAAUGGCCUGCAGUCUUCAACUAUGUUAAAGUAGAGAGGCUGGGCAGACAUGGAAAGGUCUUCCUGACCAUCCCCAGUCAGAGCUCCACAGACGAGCAGAAGUUCAUCCAGAAAGGCGAGGCUCCGGGCUCUGACUCCCUGUUUGACACUGAUCCCAAGGAUCUAGUGUUCUUCGUGGGUGGUGUCCCACCAGAUGUCAGGCUUCCACCUCCUCUGAGCCUUGCUCCUUUCGUGGGCUGCAUAGAGUUGGCCUCGAUCAACAACGAUGUGAUCAGUCUAUACAAUUUCAAGGAGACUCACAAAAUGGAUGUGAUUAGGUCAUCACCCUGCCCCAGGUAUAAGUUGGCGUUCUCGCAGAGUCGCAUCGCCAGCUACCUGUUUGAUGGAACGGGCUACGCACUCAUCGAAAACAUUGAGAGGAGGGGCAAAUUCGGUGUCGUCACAAGAUUUGACAUUGCGGUACGGACAAUCGCAAACAACGGUGUCCUUUUCCUCAUGGUCAGCGGGGAUAAUUAUUUCCUUUUAGAAUUAAAGAACGGCUUCCUGCGCCUCAUGUAUGACUUUAACUUCAGCGACGGGCCAAAACUUUUGGAGAACAACGUACCGAAGCUGCAGAUAAACGACGCGCGAUACCAUGAGGUAUCAGUCAUCUACCAUCAGUCCAAGAAGAUGAUCUUACUGGUGGACAAAAGCCAUGUUAAAUCCAUGGAGAAUACAAAAACCACACUGCCCUUCUCAGAUAUCUACAUUGGUGGGGCUCCCUCGAACAUCCUCAAAUCCAGGCCAGAGCUGUCUGAUACGAUCGGCCUGAAAGGCUGCGUCAAAGGCUUCCAGUUCCAGAAAAAAGACUUCAACCUGCUGGAGGAGCCUGGAACCAUUGGCAUCAGCAGUGGCUGCCCCGAGGAGUCCUUUAUGUCCCGUAAAGCCUAUUUCAACGGAGCAGGCUUCCUGGGAUCCACAGCAAAGCUUUCACCCUUCGACAGCUUCGAGGGAGGACUCAACUUCAGAACGGUGCAGCCCAGCGGACUUCUGUUCUACCACAGUGAAGAGUCUGAUGAGUUCAGCAUCUCCCUGGAGAACGGGGCUGUGGUGCUGAACUCCAGAGGCACAAGAGUCAAAUCACACAAGAAACAGUACAGUGAUGGAAGGACGCACUUCUUAGUGGCCUCAGUGAACAAUCAGAAGUAUUCUCUGUGGGUGGACGACAAAGACAAGCAGGAGAAGAAUCGGACGUCAUCGGUCACAAGAUCCUCAUCAGGCCCAGCUGUAAAGACGUUCUACUAUGGAGGGUCUCCGAGCAGCAGCAUCAAGAACUUCACAGGCUGCAUCAGCUACGCCUACAUUAACAGACAAGAUCGGGACAUUGAGCCUGAGGACUUCCAGCGGUACACAGAGAAGGUUCAGGCCUCCCUGCAGGACUGUCCAGUCCAGCGCCCCCCUGUCACUCUGCUGUUAAGGAACAGGGAGAACACUUCCAGAGCCAAACAUGGCCAGUCACAGAAGGUUGCCAGGGAUAAAUCCAGCCUGCCUCUAGGCCUGAUGGAACUGAGGAGUGACGACCAGGAGCCAUCAGAGCCGAACAUCGAGCCCUGCUACCUCUCCUCGAGUCCUAGAGCAACUCACAAAGCCUUCCACUACGGUGGCAUUGCCAACAGCCGACAGCACUACACAGAUCUCCCAGACUCCAUUUCUGAGAGGUCCCACUUCUCCUUGUCUCUGAAGACCCACUCAUCCUUUGGUCUCAUCUUUUAUUUAUCUGAUGCCCAAGAGGACAACUUCAUGGCUCUCUUCCUGGCUCACGGGAAGCUGAUAUACACCUUCAAUGUAGCAGACCAGAGAGUCAGAAUCAAGACUGAGGAGAAAUACAAUGAUGGCGCAUGGCACAAUGUUAUUUUUAUCCGUGAUGGGAGUAUGGGGCGGAUAAUAAUUGAUGGGCUCACAGUGCUGGAGGACAGGGUUCGGAGAAGCAACGUCUCCUGGCAUGUCGACUCCCUCUGUGUCGGAGGAGUUCCUCCAGGGAGAGCCGAGAGGAAUAUUCAGAGAAACUCUGCAUACAGCUUUACCGGCUGUUUGAAGAACCUUCAGCUCGAUGGACAGUGGCUGUCCUCUGUGGCAGAGACGUUUGGGGUCACUCCUUGCUUUGAGGGACACUCUGAGGCGGGAACGUACUUCUCAGAGAAAGGAGGAUACGUUGUGCUUGAUGAAUCUUUUGACCUGGGGCUGAGGUUUGAGCUGGUGAUGGAGGUGCGCCCCCGUGUGGCAUCUGGCGUGCUGAUGCACGUGCGCACAGCAGAGGGCUUUAUAACGAUGUACACCCAUCAGGGAGCAGUGGUGGUUCUUGUAAACGAUGGGACACAUGAGUUCUUCACGAAGGUGUCUCCAAGACAGGGUCUGUGUGCUGGUAACUGGCACAGAAUCACUGUGAUCCGGGACGCCAACGUUGUCCAGCUGGAUGUGGACUCUGAGGUCAACCAUGUGGUGGGACCUCUGAACACCAGCUCCACUUACCCUGGAAAGCCAGUGUUCAUCGGCGGAGCUCCAGAUCUUUUCCUACCAGAGAGCAUUCCCACCAGAAAGGCCUACACGGGCUGCAUGAGGAACCUGACCAUCAAUAACAGCCAAGUGAGCUUCAGCAAAGCCAUUCUGGUCAGUGGAGCCGUCAGCGUCGGGACCUGCCCAGCAGCAUAACACUUCUGUCAACACCGUUACUACUAUCCCCAAUACAGCACUGACCAAAAAGUCUCAUAACCACUAUUGUCAUUGGUUUCACAGAAUCUUGUUUCCUGUCUUUAAUGUGUUGAUGUCUUUUUAAUUUUUUUUUUUUUUUUUAAACGUGAAAUUGUCCCUGAUCUAAGAAAAUGACCAAAUUAAAUUAUCCAAAUUGAAUAAUGGAAGAAAUAACCUGAAACAGAAAUCUGUCAUUUAUAUGAGAAUGUGAUGAGAUGUCACCAUCCUGAGGAAUCUACAGUGUAUCCAUGACUUUAGAUUUAUUUUCACAGUAUGACAGACAUAUUUGAUGUUAAUGCAUUUUACGGUCCACCACUGUUUUAUAAUCUCAUUGACACAUUUUUUUUUUUGUACAAACUCGCACUCAAAACCUUCUCUGUCUCUCUUUUUUUUUUUUUUUUCACAGUUUCAUUUCUAUUAAAUAAAUGUUUUA